AUGGCUGCAUCCGAUGCGGCCGCGCGAUACCGAGCCGUCUCCCUGCUCUGCUGCGGGGCUCCGCUCUCUCUGAGCCGGCUGCUCCUGCUCCUCUGCGCCUGUUCGCUGCUGCCAGCCCCGGCACUCGGCUUGCUCGGCUUCCGACCAGAGGAGACCGGGGCGGAGCUGUCCGUGGAGGACGGGGUGCUGAAAGCCACCGAGGGGACUCGCUUCAUACUUCGGGUGUACUAUUCCACCUCCUCGCAGAGACUCAACCGUGCUCGUGCCAACAACGCCGCGCCCUGGAUCGCCUUCAUCGAAGAGCCAGCUCCCGGCAGAGAGGGGCAAGUUCACCCGAAGCGGAACAUGUGCAUGGACAAGAACGCCAGCACCUCCGACAUCGAGGUUUUGGGCUCUUUCAAGUCUGCUUCCAGUCAGAACUCGGUGCUGGUGGAGCUGCUGGCCAAAGACCUGAGGAGAGGGGAGAAGAUUAAAUAUUAUUCCAUGUGCGCCUUUGACGGAUCCAAAUGGGAACACUACCGGACGAGAGAUUUCUGGGUGGCCGUGAAGGAGCGCUCUGCAGUGCCGGAGCUCUGGCUGCAAGUGCUGGUCUCCGUCCUCCUGCUCGGGCUGUCAGCUCUGUUCAGCGGGCUGAACUUGAGCCUGCUGGCGCUAGAUCCAGUGGAGCUACAGGUCCUCCAGAACAGCGGCACCGACACCGAGCAGAACUACGCGCGGAAAAUCGAGUCUGUGCGUCGGCACGGUAACUACGUCCUGUGCACUUUACUGCUGGGGAACGCGAUCAUAAACGCCUCGCUCGCCGUGUGGAUGUGCCAGAUACUGGGCAUGACCUGGCUCUCCACGGUCAUCUGCGCCUUCGGGAUCUUCUUCAUCGGGGAGAUUCUUCCACACUCGGUCGCAUCGCGCCACGGCCUGGCCAUCGCGUCCAAAACCAUCUGGGUGACACGGCUGCUCAUGGUGCUCUCCUUCCCCAUCUCAUACCCCAUCAGCAAGCUGCUGGACCUCAUCCUAAACCAGGAGAUUUCCAACUUCUACACCAGAGAAAAACUCCUGGAAAUGCUGCGAGUCACUGACCCGUACCACGACCUGGUAAAAGAAGAGCUCAACAUCAUCCAGGGAGCACUAGAACUGCGCACCAAAACCGUGGAGGACGUCCUGACCCCGCUGACCGACUGCUUCAUGCUGGCCUCGGACGCGGUGCUGGACUUCAACACCAUGUCCGAGAUCAUGCAGAGCGGAUACACGAGGAUUCCGGUAUUUGAGAACGAGAGAUCCAAUAUUGUGGACAUUCUGUUUGUGAAGGACCUGGCGUUUGUGGACCCGGACGACUGCACCCCCCUGAAGACCAUCACCCAGUUCUACAAACACCCGCUGCACUGCGUCUUCAACGACACUAAACUGGACGCCAUGCUGGAGGAGUUCAAGAAAGGCAAGUCCCACCUCGCCAUCGUGCAGCGCGUUAACAAUGAGGGUGAGGGUGACCCUUUCUACGAGGUGAUGGGCAUCGUGACCCUGGAGGAUGUCAUUGAGGAAAUCAUCAAAUCAGAGAUCUUGGAUGAGACAGAUCUCUACACUGAUAAUCGCACAAAGCGUCGUGUUUCUCAUCAUGAGCGAAAGCAGCAGGACUUCUCCAUCUUCAAACUGUCAGAAAAUGAGAUGAAAGUGAAGAUUUCCCCCCAGCUUCUCCUGGCAACACAUCGUUUCCUCUCCACAGAGGUGGAGCCCUUCAAACCAACACACAUCUCAGAGAAGAUCUUAUUGAGGCUCAUCAAACACCCCAGUGUUGUUCAAGAACUCAAGUUUGAUGAGAAGAACAAGCGAGCCUCUCAGCACUUCCUGUUCCAGCGCAACAAACCAGUGGACUAUUUCAUCCUAGUGCUACAGGGUCGAGUUGAAGUAGAGUUUGGUAAGGAGGCACUGAAGUUUGAGAAUGGAGCGUUCUCUUAUUUCGGGGUCCCAGCCAUCAUGCCAGCAGUCCACAGAUCGCCCUCUCGUAGCAGCGGUUUGGACCGCUCUGAGUCGAUGCUCUAUGGGGGAAGUAUGAGCCAGCUGAAUGGAGGGGGGAAUGUCUACCUGCCAGACUACUCUGUAAGGCAGCUCACUCACCUUCAGCUCAUCAAGAUCACCCGGAGUCACUACCAGAAUGCAGUAACAGCUACCCGGAUGGACAGCUCCCCUCAGACCCCUGAUGCUGACACCCAUCUGACAGAAAGCAACUCCCCAACCCCCGGGCCUCCAGCACCAGAGCCCACCACCACCACACUGAUGCCCCCAGAGCACACUACUGCCACCCUUAUGCCCCCACCCAGGGAGACCAGUCGGCCCAGUUCAGCCCGAACCCGGGGACAGCAGUCCAGUGUACCGCACAGCACCUCCCUGCUCAAUGAGAAGAACCGCAUUGUCCGCAGCAAGUCUGAUGGCCAGAAGAGUCCGAGUGAUUCGGUGUUUCUGAGGAUGGAUGAGAUCCCCUACAUCAGAGAGGACAGAUGUGAGCCUGACAGACAUGCUGACAUGGCCUCUGUUCCCAUAGAAACGGACACAUCCCCUUUCAUCAGCAGCCUGUCGCUGAGUGGUUCAGAGGACACACUGGGCAAGAAACUGCUGCUCAAACUAAGCCACAAGAAGAGGAAAAAAUCUCGUGAAGGGGAAAAGACACCAGAGGACAUUUCAGAGCAGCCACUGGUGAAAACCUAGCAGACUGUGUGUGAAACAGACCUGAAUACACUCCAUCAUGUGAUGGUUCUUUAAGCUGUUUGUAAAGACAAAUGUGGCUGCUGAAUUACAGCUCUCAGAGUUUUAUCUGAAAACACACUCCAAAAGCCCGCACUGUUGGAGACCGUAAAGUGGGCCUGUUUCCAGGAAUGCACAGAACCUGUGGGUGGAAGACACCAUUCUAACAAGAAGUGGGGGUGCAGCUUUAGCAACAUGCACCAAACCCUCAGCUCUUUAAUUCACUGUAUCAAAAAACACAAGCUUCAGCACUAUGCCAUGGCUUCUCAUCUCCAGGCUCUUGUGUGGAUGCACAUGUAUAAAGAAAAGACUGUGAAUGUAAAAGAUUUAUAGAAAAAUAGUUUUUUUUUUUUAUACUACUCACGUAAGACUACUUCUUCAAUGGAGCUAAAGACACUGAUGUUGCACGGGAAACAGAGGGAAGACACCAAAGAUGUUGCUGUUUUGUACGUACUGCUCCAAAAUGCACAAGUGAAAUUAUAGUAAAGGUUCUUUUAAAGGCUGCCUGAUUAGCACCCAUUAUGUAAUAAUUAGAGUUUCAGCCUACAGUGCAGAAAUAUUGUCUUUUUGCAUUUUAUUUGUUAACACUUGCAUUUCAUAUGCAGUCAGUCACAAAUUUUUUCCACUAGUCGCUCACAAAAUGUGGUCACACUGGGGAAUAGUUAAAUAGCAUACAGCGAUUUCUGAUGGUAUGGAGGCCCAGAAGUGCCAACAGAAAAAAACAAAGAAAGAACAAAAUGAAAACAUCAUCAAACAUUGCUGAUGCUUGUGUGGUGUAGGCUAUUACAGCAGCGAAUUUAUAUCCAUAGUUUUAGAUGAAUGGCAUGUUCGAAUAUAAUUUGAACCUUUCGAUGUGCCCACGUGUUUCUACCCAUGUGGUGAAUCAAUUCAGUAGAUGAAGAGAAAUAUAUGGUUAUGAUAAUAUAUUUUUCAACUGCAUGUGGGUAUUACGAUUGGAGCUCUAAACAAUCGCUGAGUCUGAGAAUCAUUUAAGUGUCUGUAAAACGUGGGCUGGAGACAAAUCUACUAACUGUUGAGUGUCGAACACAAAGUCAUUCCCUGUCUUGCUGAGAGCGAUUAGCUCAGCUUGGCCUAAAUCCUGGAGUCUGGCGCAAUUUGCUUUAAGCGGCUAAAAUCAGUAUUUUGUUGUGGUAACAAUAAAACAUCCCAUGCAGAGGUGUUAGCAAAGGGCUAGUGAGCAUUUAGACUCAAAACGCUGGUAGACACUAUGGCCAAAAAAUGGCCACCACGAUGUCAUCUAUUUGUUAGAGAAGUCUCAUUGUUGGGGGUUAUGCGGGUUUCAUGGAAGUCAUGUUUUAAACUCAUGGCUGAGAACAUCAGGAAAGUGGUUUUUUGGAAAUAAUCCAGCAUUUAAAUAUUGUUCUGCUCUGAUGUUUGCUACAUGUGCUGCAGGCAGUGCUGAGUGUAAGAGAAACAGUGGCAGCUGAGCCACAGAGCCAAAGACCACACCAGGCAGUGUUCUGGCUCUAAUAUAAGAGGAUGUAAUGAUUAUAUAACUCUCCUUAAACGUUGUUAGCGGAGGUGGAGGAGUGUCUUUAAAAGGCUUUGUUUGUUUUUCUUUUUGCUGCAUGUAUCCACCUACAGUUUGUAUGACAGCAGUGCUGAAAACACCCAGUGCCACACAGUUUGUGGAUGACGUCAUUGCUUGAAAUCAUGCUCCUUCUCGGUUUUGAUAGUUGAGACAUGUCGCUUUUUUGAUCACUUUCAUGAAGUAUAAUAUCCUGCCACUCUUAUUGUGUAGGAAAAUGAUUCAGUCAUAAUAGCAUGCAGGCCCUGGAGGUUUACUGCUGACUGUCUGAAGGCCCAAAUCAUUCAGGUUUUUCCUGAUCUGUGCAGAGCUGCCUCUGAACCUGCGCUCUCUGUUUGUCUACAUGGUGCAGCAGGGAUGGGAUGGAUGGGUGUGGCACUGUCUCACUGAGGUUCAGGAUCAGAUUUGUGCCACUGCAGCACAGACCUGGAGCAGGAGGAGGAGGAAGGAAUGUGAAAAAAAGGAAAAUGCACUUAAAGGCCUAAAGUUUGAUGUCAGACUCACCAAUACAGUUUUGUUUCCUGACUGAAGCCACUUUGCUGCAUUACUUUGUAAAAUGUUAUCGUGCUGCAUCAUCUGCACUUAAAAACUCUACUUGCAUAAUUGGGGGAGGAUUAAAUUCCUUGAUUUGUUUAAAUUGAAUUUUGAAAGACAGUCAACAAAUUAGUGAGAAGCAAUAGCGUCAAACAGCCUCGCCCAGCAGUACAAAUUCAUAUUUAGGAAGUAGUGGGAGGGGUGCUUUUUAACUCUGCUCAUUGGUUAAUGUAAUAGGAGGCCAGGGAGAGAGAAACAUCCCUCCUGGGUACAAUACAUGAAACCUGCUGAGUCAUUUUGCUGCAUUGGGGCACCAGCCUCAGCCAAUCAGCAGCAUCCUUUGAGGUCAAAUCCAGACAAUAACAGAUUCUGCUGCAGGACGUUGUUGAUUUGUUAGGUCAGUUCAUGCUUCCUGCUGUACAUCUAUUUGAGCUUUGGAGAUCAAGAUGCACUCAUAACAUGUCUGAGAUCUGUUCUGUAUAUUCACUGUUUCUGCUAUGAGACAAAGUAACGUCAGCUGAUCAGUGCAAAUUUGUUCUCAGCUGUUUUCACUGUAUUUUCUAACAGAAGGAGCCAAGUUGCAGACAUGUACAGACAGGAUUUCCUUGGAAAUAUGAGUUUAAUACUUGUAAUAUAGAAAAGCAACUAUGUGAUGUUUUUUGUAUCAGAAUAUACAAAAAUACAGAGUUCCACAAAAUACUGAA